AUGUCCAAGGAGAACGUCGUCGUUGAUAUCGAGGCGGGUGUGCGAGACGGGGACAGCAGUGACGGUGUCAUCCUUGAUGUCGCUGUCGCCCGCCCAGGCGCUGCUGACAGCCUCAAGACUGCGCCAGACGGCCAUACAAUUCUCGUUCCCCAGCCUUCAGAUUCUACAGAAGACCCUCUAAACUGGUCCUCAACGAAGAAGUGGAUAGUCCUUCUCAUCAUCUCCUUCGCGGCCUUCUUGCCCGAUUACGGCUCCGCUGUUGGCGCUGUCACCCUCCUCCCACAGGCCGAAAUAUGGCAUAUGACACCGGAUGAGGUCAACCACUCUCAGGCUGGUAAUGUCUUUAUGCUUGGAGUCGGAGGUAUCGUCACAGUCAUUUGCUCGGCCUACUUCGGUCGCCUUCCGGUACUCUUCUGGUUCAUGGUCGGUGCCGUCGCUACCGCCAUCUGGUGCACUGCUGCCCAGUCAUUCGAAUCUUUCAUGGCUGCGCGCAUUCUCAAUGGUUUCUUCUCUACAGUCGCCCAGGGGGGCGGCCUCAUGUUCAUAAACGACAUUUUCUUCUUCCACGAACACGCCAGGAAGAUUAACGUCUGGUCCAGCUUUAUUAUAGUCUCGCCCUAUCUCGGCCCCCUGCUCACUGCCUUUAUCAUCAACACCCAAAUUUGGCAGUGGGCAUUCGGCGUGUACUCCAUUGAGACUGGCCUCUGCUUCAUCGCUAUCAUUCUAUUCAUGGAUGAGACCUACUAUGACAGGAAGCUCCCUGUAGACCAACGGCCAGUCCUGGUUUCCCGCUGGAAACGCCUCGUUGGCAUCGAACAAUGGCAGUCCCGUCACCAGCGCAAUGGCUUCAAGGAUGCAUUCAUGCGACCCUUCAUCGUCAUUGCGAAACCAGCCAUGUUAAUCUCCUGCAUCGUCUACCUUCUCACUUUCGCCUGGGUCGUCGGCAUCAACACCACCCUUGCCAUCUUCCUCGUACCCGUCUACAAAUUUAGCCCCAAACAAAUCGGAUUUUUCUAUUUCACUCCCGUCGUUGCUGCUAUUUUGGGUGAGAUUGUCGGUCACUGGUUGCACGACCGCGUGGCUAGCCUCGCCGCCUCCCGCAAUCAAGGCCGGUUUGAGCCUGAAGCCCGAUACCUCGUUACCUGGAUAAGCACUCCCUGCAUCUGCGCCGGUCUCAUCUUGCUUGGCUUUGCCCUUGAGCGUGAAUAUCACUACAUGCUCGCCUCUUUGGGUUGGGGUCUCUACGUCUUCGGCAUUAUGAUUACUACCGUCGCAACCAGCGCAUACGUUCUCGACAGCUACCCGGAGGCCAGCGGUGAGGUCGCUGCCUGGCUCAACUUCUCCCGUUCCACGGCUGGUUUCAUCGUGAGCUACUUCAUGGUUCGCUGGGCCGGAGACCAGGGGCCUAUCCGUCAAUUUAGUGCCAUGACAGGCAUCUGUGGAUUUGCCUUCGUGAUGCUAUUGAUAUUCCAGUUUUUCGGCAAGAGAAUCAGACGCUGGGCCGGUCCAGUCAACUUUAAGACUCUCUAAUGACUAAAAGUUUUUUACUUCUUUCUUCUUCUUCCAUUCUACACUUGUCUAUAGUAAAUUAUUGUGUAUAUG